AAAGUAGGCACAGUACAAGAGAGAGGGGCAGAGCUAUAAGAAAAGAAAAGAGGGGGGCAAAGAGAGCUGUUUGCCUAAACCCUGUUGGCUUUCCCAGUGUGUGUAUCCCAGUGUUGUUCAGCAGACCGUGUGGUGGACACUAGUCCUGUGUCUGUGUGUUCCUGUGGUUGUAUUGAACUGUGUUUGCUGCUGACCAGUGGAGAGUGAAGACAGGGAAGAGUGGGAGGAGAAAGUGAGUGCUGGACACCCUGUCGGUGGGAUUGCCCGGCUGAGGCAGUUUGACUUGAUAGGUUCAGCAACCAUGCUGGAAAAUACAGGUGCAGCGAGAACAGAUGCUAAAGUGAAUAUUAAGUCAGAAACUACUAAAUGUGCAAUGGAAAGUGGUGACGGGAACACCGGAAUCCAAACCAAUGGAUUGGACUUUCAGAGGCAGACGGUGCCAACCACAAUCUCUAGUGCACAUGCACAAGCCCUCCUCCAACAGUUGACCUUCACCCCACAGCAGCAGCUGUUGCUCCAGCAGGCCCAGGCUCAGCUUCUGGCUGCAGCUGUGCAGCAUUCAGCCAGCCAGCAGAACAGCACCACUGGGGCCAACAUCUCGGCCUCCGCAGCCACACCUAUUACCCAGCUGCCCCUGUCACAGCCUAUCCAGAUUGCCCCUCAGCUACAACAGCAGAACCUAAGUCUGCCUCAGUUUGUUUUGGUUCAACCUGGCCACCCGAUUGCCACACCAAUCCAGCCCCAGUUCAUCAUCUCACAGACACCGCAGGCACAACAGGGCAUAUUCAAUACCCAGAGUCUUCUAACUCAACUACCUCAAAGCCAAGCUAACCUCCUGCCGACUCAACCAAGCAUCACCCUUGCAACUCAGCCUGCAACUCCAACCCGCACAACAGCGGCCACACCUAUUCAGUCCCUGUCCCAGAGUCAGACCCCACCCAAACGGUUGGACACCCCCACCCUGGAGGAGCCUAGUGAUCUUGAGGAGCUGGAGCAGUUUGCCAAGACUUUUAAGCAGAGACGAAUCAAACUGGGCUUCACACAGGGGGACGUUGGCCUGGCUAUGGGGAAGCUGUAUGGAAACGACUUUAGCCAAACUACCAUCUCUCGCUUUGAGGCCUUGAAUCUAAGCUUUAAGAACAUGUGCAAACUCAAGCCUUUGCUGGAGAAGUGGCUCAAUGAUGCAGUUUGUGCAGAGAACCUGACAUCUGACCAGUCCUUGUCCAGCCCCAGUGCCCUGGGCUCCCCAGGCAUGGGCAUAGAGGGCAUCAAUCGCAGACGGAAGAAAAGGACCAGUAUCGAGACCAACAUUCGAGUGGCCUUAGAAAAGAGCUUUCUGGAGCAGAACCAAAAACCUACCUCUGAAGAGAUCACAAUGAUUGCUGACCAGCUCAGCAUGGAAAAGGAGGUGAUUCGGGUCUGGUUUUGCAAUCGCCGACAGAAAGAGAAGCGAAUUAACCCCCCAAGCAGUGGUAACAGCGGAGGAUGCAACACCCCCAUCAAAACCAUCUUUACUCCCAGCAGCCCUUUGGUGGCCAGCACAGCAAGCCUUGUGAGCAGUCCAACUAUUACAUCCACCACUCUGACUGUAAACCCAGUGAUGCCUCUCACCAGCACCAGUGUUUCCAAUUUGUCCCUUACAGGCACAACAGUUGGAGCCACAAACACUGCAUCCGUAAUCUCCACUGCACCUAUGGUUACCACAGCAACCAGUUCUCCAUCUUUAAGCCCAUCUCCAACGCUUAAUCAGUCCUCAUCCAUAGACAGCAAAGCUGGCAUUCAGGCGCAGACGAUUGUCACACAGGCACCAACAUCUGUAGCUACAACUUUAGGGGCAGGACAGGUGAUGGUGGCAGCGCCGGGACUGUCUGCGGCGCUGCAGAGUGCUGCCCAGUUGCCCACCAGUGCCAGCUUUGCAGCCAUGGCUGCUGCUGCAGGGCUCAGCCCAGGACUGAUGGCAUCCUCACAGUUCACGCCAGGGGGCGCCCUCCUCAGUCUGACUCCUGGGGGUCUCGGCAGUGCCCUUAGUCCUGCUCUCAUGAGUAACAGUACCCUGGCUACUAUUCAAGCACUGGCAUCGGGUGGCGCAAUCCCCAUCACUUCUCUGGAAGGUGGCAACCUGCUGUUCGCCAACACCUCUACCGCUAACACUCCCAACCUGGUGACCACGCCGCUUUUCCUAAACCCUCAGAACCUGUCGCUGCUUACCAGCAACCCCGUCAGCCUGGUGUCGGCAGGGACCGGGGGGCUACAGGUCACUGCUGACGCCCACCACCAAGCCACCACGGCUGCCGUGCCUGUGCAGGCCUCGACCAUUACCACUGCCUCCAAGGCUCAGUGAAACAAGUCAAGCUUAGUCUCGAAUUAACUCCCUACAGUCCCUACGUUGAGCACUACUUCUGUCACACUGUGUAGGGAACAGGGUGGUUGUUUGAAAUAGGCUCCGUGUUUCACUUAACAACCCUGAGUUCUUUGCAUUGUAUCUACCAUUAUUCAAUCCUUUUGCUGCCACCAAAAAGAAAACAACCUCCAAUAAGAUUGGGCCUUUUUGUUUUUUUUAUUUUUUUUUUUUAUUUUCCCCGUAUUUUUGUUUGAUUCUUGGACAUUUUUCCACAAACAGAAGCCAGAUGGAUGCAGUUGUUGGCCUGCCGCUUAUCACAAACCCUGACCAGUGUUCAGGUGGAAAAUAUCCCUGACACUGUCAGCCUGUUCACGUUUUGUACAUAUAUCCUCCUUUUACCAGGGCAGAAUCUUCUCUGAAACUUCUAACCAAAAAGAAACAAAAAAAAACCAACAAAAAACUUGUCUUUUAACAGUCAAACUCAACUGAUUUUUACUAAUUUCACAAUGUCCAUCACUAACAGGGGUUUGUGCUUCACCCUGUCUUUAUCUUCUUGUUUUUUUCUUUUUUGACAGGCCUUGACUUAAAUCAUAUCAAAUUUAUAUUGUAGAAGUCUUUUCUUUAUCUUUACUGUCUGUUGUUUUUGACAUUUUUUCAGAACUUUGUCCAAUAUUAAGUUAAGAUUUAACUAUCACUUUUUAAUCGUGGUUAUAAGGCUUUAAAACAAGUAAUAAGUGGCCGAUAUAAAGGUUAUCAUUGCUUUAAGGGUCGGAGGGACAACGCGGGUCUCUUCGAGUCUCUCUUCUGGAAACACUGAGUUUUACAUUUUGCUGCGGCAGCGAAGACACCGACGAGCUUUUGUAAAAUGAUGGGCUAGGUGUGGAGUAGACGCUGACAGAAAAUGAUUAAAACAUUGAGAGCUUUAAAGUGAGCUGCAGACACGCAGUCCUGCGACAGAAUGAGGAAGCUUGGGUUUGUGAUAUCCCUUGGAAUACUAUACAUUGUGUCUGAGUUCAGAGACAGAAAAUAGAUGUUUGUUGAGGACUGCUUUGGCAGAUGCUGAAACCUCAGCAGCUGGGCGAUCCACAUUGUUCUGAGGUGGGCUUGUUCAUGGAUCUUUCUCACCAUACCAGACGUAUGGUGGCAUCGGCUUGGUGAGGUUGUUGUAUUGUGGAUUUUUUUUUUAUUUUCUAUUUUAAUAGUAGUACUGUUGUAUCUACUUGUGCACAGUAUCUGUACCAAAAAACUGGAUUGAUGAGCUGCAGUCUGCCUGUUUUGGGAGGAAUGAAUUCUGUCUUUUUAUUCUGUCUGCAGUCAUUUGACUGACUUGCGUACUUUAAGAUAUACCAAAAAGAUUUCUUAAAAUAAUUGCUGUGUGUAGUCGCUGUAGCUUAGUUUAGUCAAUAUAUUUAUGAUUACAGAAUCUCUCUUCAUUAUCAACAGAAUAUAGAAAUGCAAUAUUUUGAUCAUUUCCAAAGACUACAUUUGUUUAAUUUGAUACGAUGUCUCAUAGCUCAAUUUUUGAUUGGCAGCACAACUUACCAAAAAUAAGAGGGAUUGGUGGGUCGGGUGUGAGGAAGUUGUUUCUUCUUUAUCAUUUUUAUGUUCAUUAUUAUUAUUUUUAUUAUAUUUUUAUAACCACCUGGGCCUCGCCCUUAUUGAUCUGGUUUUCUGUGAGCCAUUUGAUGGCUUUUGUCUUUUUUCUUUUUUAGUCUUUGUGUUGACAGUUUUUGUUCUUUGGACCAUUGUUGAAGGGGUUUGUUUUUUGGUGUUGUGCUAAAAUUCAGCCAUAAAACAACAGCUUGAACCAAAGUGGUUUUCCUCAGUAGUUGCUGUGCCUGGGCACACAAGUUGACGUUAACACGAUUUCUACUCUCCACAAGUGAUUUUUCUCAAUCUCUCACUUCGGUCGAUGCCAGAUUUUUUUCUUUUUUUUUUUUUUUUUUUUUUUUUUUUCGUCUUGAUUUGGUGCUGCUGGAUGCGGAUCACAGAAACUUAGCUUUAACAACCUGCUGCUGAAGCUCCCGAUGGAGCUGAGCUGUCGAGAGGCCUGCAUGCUUCCUUAUAGCUUUAUGACUACAUCCUGUGAAAAUCAGGGUUUUGUAGUUGGGACCCUCUCAGCUGGAGGGCUCAUCAAUGUAAAUGCAUAGAUCUGAUCGUCAGAGAACAUUCUUCACCUCCUCUUAGCGCCACCACUUUGAACCAGUCUGUUAACAAAUAAACAAUAUGCUGCUCCCAAAAUCUGUUUAUGGAGUAGUUUAAAACCUGCCAAACACAUCUGGGGGGGGGGGUGUUGGGGUUAAUACCAUUACGUGCUGCACAUACAGCUAAACCCCACACAGAAGUAGCAUUGUUUCGCAUUAAAAUGAAUGAUGGGAGUGUGUAUUAUUGUGGCUGUAAGAAGUGAAAUUUGUCCCAUGUUAUCCUCUGUGUGCUUCUUUUCUCUUGAAUUAUUUGACUGAAUAUACCUCAGCAACACUUACAUAUAAGGUUCACCUUUAGACAUUUCUGUGUAUAAAACAUUGUAGAAUGUAAAAAGUACUGUCUGGCUCGCCAUUCAAGGUUCAUGCUAUUGAACCAUACAUAGGAACCGUACGUAAAAAGGACAACCUACUACUGCUAUUUUCGAGUACUACUAUUUAUGGGGUAUUUCCAGGUUUAAAUAUAAUUUUGAGAUCCUUCUUGCCAAAGUGAAAGCCUUUAUCUUUGCAGCUUGGUGGAUGUCUGGCUGCUUGUGUUGCUGGUUUCCCCACCUUUGGAGCCCCCGCGGGGCCCAGAGAAGUGAGUCCUAUUCCAGUGCUGUUUGUAGUUACAUUUGCUAGCACGAUGAAGCAGUUGGCACCAUAGGAUGUUACUGAAAUAUUUAUCUGAGGAAAGACUUAAGAAUUAGAAAAACAAUCUUUUCUUAAUUCUAUACAUAUGAAUAAAUAAAUAUAUAUAUAUAAAUAUAUAAACACUUGUAAGAUAUUCAUAUUUUAUAUUUGAACCAUUAUGUUAUCAAGACUGAAUGUAGUGUUUAUCAUAACUAAAAAAAAAAUAUCCCCUGAAUCUUUUUGUUUCUUUUCUUUUUAAUAUAAAGUAAAUUUAAAAAAAAAAACUGACAUGACCAAAAAAAGAUCUGAGGAAAUGUAAGUGCGCGCCCUGGUGGAGCGUGACUCGCCAUCGUUUGUUGGUGAGGUCUUUCAGUUGGAGGGGCUCAUACUGGCGCUCCUUGGAAGAUAGGUCCUGUGGUUGGUAGGAAGCUCUAAAGCAUCUGCUUUUAAUCCUUUUUUUAUUUUCAUGUUUUGAGUCGUCGUGGACUUGAUUUGCUGUGCUGUCUUUAACAAUCAUAUGUUUGUAUUUUUUUAUGCGAUUACUUUAUGCCUUUAAUUGUUUUGUAUAGUGUGAGAGGGCAAGAUCACUGGUUUUCUUAGUUUGACAGAGAAGAUUAACAUUAUCAUUUAUGCCUUAUUGUUACGUAGAAGACAUGAGCAUUGUAGCAUUGUUGUUCUGUGUGUGUGUGUGUGUGUGUGUGUGUGAGUAUGAAUCUGAGCAUUGAGCUCUAGUGAAUUGUUUUCACUGAAAACGCUUUGGGCGUUUUAGAGCGUUGGAUGAUUAUGUUGCUACCUAUCUGUUGUAGGUAUGACCUGGACAGGUUGGGGGUACCUGUGAGAAAAGCUUUACUAAUAAUUCCAGCAGGUGGUUGUGUGUGUGCUUCUUAUAAAGAGAGAAUAGUGAGGGUAGUCUGCAAACCAUUAUGGUGCAUUUUCACCAUCUUCCAGCGGGUGUGGAGAGUGAUUUUAUUUUGAUCUUUUUUAGAAAAACGUGUGACAAGAGAGUAAUUGUUUUGUUGUUUGGAUUGAGGUUCUCUACUAAUUAACCACAGGCUUUGAGCUAGCCAUUGCCAAACCAGCUCUGAGAUCUGUUUUGGUGAAUUUAAAAAUUUGUGGACAACUUAAUAUCUUAGAAACAUCUUCUUGGCACUAAGUCUUUAGUGAUUCACUUUUAAAAAGAUGAUGGAUGAGAUUUUGAGAAUUCUCUCUUGGAUCAAUCAGGCAUUAAAGUUAUAGUAUGAUGGCCCACCACACUGGUUUGCUGGUUUUUAAUGUUUGAAAACGGACAUGUGGAGCACCAGUAAGGCAAAAUAAACUGUUGUAUACCUCAUUUCUAACUCAAGACUGAGUGAAACCUGCUUUAAUCUACUUAAUAAAUAAGGAAAGUUAAAAAAAAAACACAAAAAAGGACAAAUACUCAAACUUAUGUCGGUGGAGAAGCCUGCUCGUACCUGUACUUAAUGAUGGGUUGUGGAAAAGCUGCCACAAGGGGGUGACAGAUUACACAUCAGUGCUCAUGAAUGUCUGCUGUCUUUCUCUUAUCAUUUUUGUGCACUUAAGCUGCAAUCUGUCUCUCAGCAUUAAAACAGAAUUAUUUGUUGUGACUUGAGAUGAAAGUAAAUUUUUAAUGAUCUGUAUUCCUUUGCUGCCACUUAAGUUAUUUUCAGUUAUACAGAUAACCCCUUUAUGUUUGAACACUUUUUUUUAUUUUAUUUUAAGUUUGACAAUCCUGUUUUGUUUAUAAUUUUCACUCUGACCAGGUGCAGGUAUGUGCAUGUCUUCCCACAUGACUGUGCGCUGUCACAGCCCGCUCUCAGUUUCCUGUGGUACCAACGUUAACCAAAGACUUUUAACUUGAUUGUAUACGAGCAACACCAAUGUCUCGCCCAUCCCCGCCUCACUGCUCAGCACCAAAUUCGGGCUGCAUGCUCUCACCUGAGCCCUCUGCUCAUCUGUAUAGAGAUUUUUUUUUCUCUCUCUUUUUACCGCAUGCGAAUGUGCGUCCCGUCGGUGCAGCGGUUUUAGUGCCUGGGGCCGGGGAUUGAGGGGGCUGGACGGGGACUGAGCGGGCUUCUCUGACGGGCACGAACCAAUGUGGUGGUAGCUGGGUGAUGUUUGUUAAUACACACUGAGGGAUGAUCCUGUGCACACUGUACCUGCUCAGGACUUUGUAUGUUUGUCUAUAUUGAGCACUGUUGCUAGGACGACCCUCUCCUCUUUUCCUUCCACCAUUUCUCUUUCAAGGACUUAGGUGAAAAGGCUGUUCCUACGUCUCAGUGCGUCUGUCUCUUCCUCAUCAUCUGUACACUGUAGUCCCAGGACAUAACCUUGUUGUCUCCAGGAAUACACAUCCUGCGGUCGUUUAAACCUCCCUCUUUUCCUCCUCGUUAUUCUCCUUUCCUCUCCUUCAACAUCGUCUCUUCACUACAGACUCUGAUCAGCUGUGACACUAUGCAUCAUGGUCCUUCACUGCAUGGACUGUGUCCCUCUGGCUCAGACCUCUGGCCAACGGGCUUCAGUGACACUUUGUUAAAUGCUUUACUCCAUGUGAGGUUGUAGGACCUCACAAGCGCUAUCCCAAAGCAAAAAUCCAAAUAUUUAACUUUUGACAAAUGCAGAUACCAAAGAUAUCUCUCUCUGUCCUGUAUGUCUCUUUCUAUUUUCUCUCCCUUUCGCCCUGCAGCAUGUGUAUUAAGAGACAAACCCAGCACUGGCUUUAGUCCUAGCCUCAGUAAUUCCAAAGCUUAAAUGUAUAUUUUGGUAUAUUUCUGAGAAAAACUUACGUAAAAAGAGUCUGUUUCUCAUUUGUUUGUUGUAACCUCUUUUCUGUCACAGCAUGGAACUAAUUGCAGAACUGUCUUACUCUUGGUAGGUGAAAAAUAUAGUAUUUUUGUAUGUUUUUGGGUGUGUUAUGUGUGCGAUUAUCAGUUCAUAGCCCAAGUGACCACGGCAUUCAACAGAAGACAAAACCAAAAAAAAAAAAAAAAAAACCCAAAAAAAUAAAAAAAAAGAACAAUGCCAACCAUGUACAUAUUAUGUCUGUGUAUCUCAAGUAAUGCUUUCUGUAAAACAUUUCCCGUUGGAAGCUUGGGCUCAUCUAAAGGAAUGUGUUCCCGUUUCAUUUCCCUUUUUCUUACUCUGCAGUCUGAUUUUAAAAAUAACUAUCCAGGACUCGAAUGUAAAGAGUUUUGAUUUCCACCAUGAAAUAUAACACUGAGAGGGGCACUGCUCUAAUCUGAUUACAGAAACUUUUUGAAAAUUAAAAAAAAAAAAAAAAAAAAUAAAGGAAAAAAAAAAAAAAAAAGCCUCCAGCCAUGGUGGCAUAGAAUGGACAGAUUGUGUAGGAGUUUUAAGUAUGUGAAUCAGGAUACAUAGUAGGUUUUGAUGCAUUUGUCUGCUGUAUUUUUGUUUUUAUACACAUACAAAGAUAAUCUUUACUGUAAAUGUACAGUUCUCUUUUGUUGUAAACAUCAUUAAACCAUUUUCCAAGUGUU